GUCAAUUUUUAUCUUAACACACACAAAGAUAUAAACAAUCUCUUUAAAAGUCUCAAGUUUUCUCAUUUUCAUCUCUAGUUUCGCAUUUCGAUCAAAACACACAAAUUUUAUCCUUUAGUUUGCAAGCUGCUUUCCAAACGCCCUUCCUUUUACAUUAUAAUACCAAUGGAGAAGCUACAAAAGAUGAUCUCCGAGAAAACGGUAGUGAUUUUUAGCAAGAACACUUGCUGCAUGUCGCACACAAUCAAAACUCUCUUCUUAGACCUUGGUGUGAACCCGACAAUCUAUGAGUUAGACGAGAUCAACAGAGCAAAAGAUAUAGAGCAAGCAUUGGCUCAGCUUGGCUGCAGCCCAACCGUGCCAGUGGUGUUCAUAGGAGGGCAACUCGUUGGUGGAGCCAAUCAAGUUAUGAGUCUCCAUCUCAAUCGUUCUCUCAUUCCAAUGCUUCAACGCGUUGGGGCUUUGUGGCUUUGAUUACAUAAAAAGAAAUACUUACGCAUAGAUUGUAGCUUUGUAAUAAUUAAGGAUGGCAAAAUAACAUAUACAUGUCGGUAUAAUUAAAGGAUAGAUUGUGAGGAUAUACCUACGUAUUUUGUAACGUGUGGGUAUACUUUAUACAUAAUAAAUAACCUAGUGUUGUGUUUCUAUUUUUCCAUGUUAUGUUUUUAAUAUAUAUGUCCAAUCCUGUUGAGAAAAAAAAAAUCGAGACUUUUAUUU